AUGCACCAGCUCGUGCCCAGGAGUGCUCCCGCUGUCCAGCUGGACCUGCCAAAGCCAUCCAGCUUGGCGCCGCCCGCUUUCCCUGGCUUGGUGUCCUCCCUUCGUCCCAUCCGCCGGACCACCCUUCAACUCGCCGACGAGGCCGCGCUGCUGCGUCGGUUCACAUACAAGCACAAGAACCAGCACAAGGGACAGCGCUGGUGGAAACGAAUCGUCGAGGUAGACCGAGCGGCGAGCAGGGCCGUCGAGGAGUUGCAGGCGUGGUUGGGCGUCUGCUCCCUGAGUGCGGACAAGGACGACGCGGGCGUCUUGACCCGCGAGACUGUCUGUGACGGCUUGUUGCGGCUACCGAGGGUCAUGUUGCUCGUCGAGAAGAACGUUUCCGUGCUCCUCAACUGCGCAGGCAUCCUUGAGCAGCUUGUCGAGUCUCGAGCAUUCCUCGCCUUUGCGCUCGUUGUCGUAGCGCUGGCUGCGAGGCUGCAUUCGCUCUUCACGGUCCUCUUCGACGAGCUGGACAAGACGGCCAAGACGCUACAGGCCCUUGUCGAUUCGAACGGCCUCACGCCUGCUUUGAGGCCUCACAUUGGCGCCUUGCCUCGCACCCUCCGUCGCUUCCUCACGACCGCCGCCCGACCAGCAUUGCGUGCCGACUUCGACGAUGCGGCCUCGUCUGCGCCAUCUCCGGCAGGAACAGAUCGCAGCAACGGUACAGACGACGUCGGCGCGGUUGUCUCGCGCAGCAGCCUAGCCGCUCGCUCAACCGCCUCGUCCGCCAAGACACCUUUGACCGCCACUCCACCAGCAGUACCUAUCUCAUCUAGUGUUCCUCAGUCACUACACGUUCACAAACCUCAGGCGGCAAAGCGGAGCGCGAACCCGUCGCCUGCGCCAAGCGCGCCCUCGUCACGCUCAGCUACUCCGGCGUCGUCCUCGCUCCUCCGGUUCUCUCGACCACCCUCUCCCGAACCAGUCGUCCAGUCCGCCGAACCCGUGACAACCAAGCCAGAGAAGCGACCACGACAGGCGGAGGAGACGCUCGGAGGGAAGGGUUCGGCGAAAGAAGGGAAGGCGGUCAAGAAGAAGAAGAAGGUCAGGAAGGGCGGCGGGGACGAGAUUGAUGCGAUAUUCGGAUAG